AUGGAAAAGACAAGACCAAGAUUCGAAGCUGACCAAAAGGAAACAACCUAUGCCAAUGAGACUCUAGUAGAUUCACGAAGUGCUUCAUUGACAAUCAACUUACCACGGCCUGACUCACCAGAAUACGAUGAAAUCUCCGACACAGAGAUCGACCAAUAUGUCUCGAAACCUCUAGAAGAGGACGCUGUCCACGAGAUGGACUUCAAGUUCCGCGUUUUGAAAAGAACUCUAGAGGAGUAUGCGGUGUGGUGUGAGAUUCGAAUCGACCCGAUAGUCAUGAUGUACUUUGUGCACAAAUUUCACACCGAGUGCGCCCUGUACAUGCUGCAACACUAUGGAAUUCACGUCGAUGUUCGGCGAUACGAGAAUGAGCUCAUUCGUCGUACGGAGGACCCAAAUUGGACCGACGCGCAAAAGCUCAAGCGCAAAGUACUGCAAAGACGGAAAUCAAAUUCGACAAAGAAGAAAAUUUGCGCGAAAAGGGUCGGAGACGUCUUCAACGAAUUGUUGGCUGGGGAGUUUCCCAAUGUGGUCGAGCGUGACUCAUUCAGCAUUGCGAAAAUCUCGGCACUCAUCGAAUGCUCGAAAAGUAAACGCGACGUUUUCUCGAGGACUCUUUGCAAGUAUGACAAAUAUGGGGAAUUGCCUGGACUGCUCGAGAAAGUGCUCGUCAACAACUGGAUUUCUUUCUUUUACUGCCUGCCACUCAAUGGCUUCGGCGAGUCGGACACGCUGAACGAGUACGAACGAGAUGAGCUUCUUUGUCGAAACGAUAACUCGCAACGGACAGAUGCACAAAACCUCAAGCAAAAAGUGUUACGAAGAAGGAAAUCAAAUCCAUUAAAGAAGUGCCUCUGUUCGCAGAAAGGGGAGCGAGUGUUGACAGAGCUUUUGAAAGAGGAUUUCGAAAAAGUGAUUGGAUCGAAGAGAAUCACAGAUGAAGAAAUUGCAAAACUUAUUGAAUUGUCGAAGAGUCGAUGGGAAUUCUUCUUCUCAACUCUGCAAAAGUAUGACAGAUAUUGUGAGCUUCGCGAAUUGAUGAAUCGAAUCUUCGUAAAACAAUGGAUUGACGUCAUUUCUCUGCUGCCAAAUCAGGGCUUUGCUCAAGCGGACGUUUUAAAUCACUAUCGAAACGCGUGUGAUACGUUGGAGCUCUCCAUUCCAAACGAAAAACAUUCGACUUUGAUCACAGUUUUGGAGGAGUAUUACAAGCACAAGGAAGAGGAAAGAGUCCUAGAAGAAUUGCUAAAGAGAGCUACAACGAGUCAAGAAGCCAGGAAAAGCCAAACUUCCGAGUUUUACUAU